UCGCUACGACUACGAGCCUGCGAGUAAAGAAACCUAUAUCGUGGUGGGAGUGGCGCUAGCAUUUCCCUUUCCUCCGAUCCAUCAUCCGUGAAGAAAGAAAAAUCUCUAGCCUCCAUCGGGAGCCCAGCUCUCUCUCUCUCUCUCUCUCUCUCUCUCUCUCUCUCUCUGUGUUGUUAGAGCAGAUUUAUCCUUAAGAUCUGAACUCCUUAGUUAUUCGAGCUUUCCAACUGAAGCCCUAAUUGUGCUUUUGUUAUUUCUGGUGGAUUUGCGAAAAUCAUACUGUGCAUUUGUGCUUAUCUAAUACAAGGAAAAGUGCUGUGUGGUUAAAGAUUUAGACUGUCUUCAUGGAAAUUGAUCUAGAGACACAUGUGGAUGAACAUGAAAUGGAAAAUGUUGGACUGAAUGCUGAUGGAGAUGAACAUGUAAUGGAAGAUAUUGGGCUAAAUUUUGGUGGAAAUACUAUGACUGAUGGAGAGGUGAGUGGUGAAAAGGAAUCAGAUAUGAGUUCUACCAGGAGGUUUGUUGUCACUGAAGAGAAUGUAAAUUUAGAACCUUAUGAGGGAAUGGAAUUUGAAUCUAGAGAUGAAGCAUAUUCAUUUUAUAGAGAAUAUGCUAGGAUGGCAGGAUUUGAGAGUAUAAAGAAAAACAGCAUUCGUUCCAAGGCAAAUCGGGAGUUUAUCAGUACAACUUUUACAUGCUCUAGACAAGGAAAAAAGAAAGAGUCAGGUGAURUUGCGAACCAACGGCCUUGUUAUAAGAUAGGAUGCAAGGCAAGCUUGCAUAUGAAAAAAACAAAAGAUGGAAAAUGGGUUGUAUUUAGUUUUAUAAAGGAGCAUAACCAUGAACUUCUGCCACCCAAAUCCUAUUACUUCCGGAGCUACGAGAGUACAAAUUCAAUAAAUAGGGAUAACAUGGAUGGUCUCAUGCAUAUGAUGCCCAUGCAUAAUGGUGAAUAUCUGGAGAGGGAUGUUGAAAAUCAAAGACAUUUGUACCUUGAAGCAGGAGAUAGACAAGCUAUGCUUGAAUAUUUUACAUGUAUGCAGGAAGAGAACACAAACUUCUUCUAUGCAAUUGAUUUGGAUGAUGAACAACGAUUGAGAAAUGUGUUUUGGGUUGAUCCGAAGGGUAGGCAUGAUUAUACUUAUUUUGGUGAUAUAGUAUCUUUCGAUACUACAUAUAUAAAAAAUAGGUAUAGAAUGCCAUUUGUUCCUUUUAUUGGAGCAAACCAUCACUUUCAGCCUACAUUUUUUGGGUGUGCUUUAAUUGCAGAUGAGACUAAAUCUACUUUUCUUUGGAUAAUGAGGACAUGGCUUAGAGCAAUGGGUGGAGUUGCUCCAAAGGUGUUAGUUACUGACCAGGUUGAAUCCAUGAAAGCAGCUAUUGUAGAAAUCUUUCCAAGCACACAUCAUCUGUUUGGUUUGUGGCAUAUAUUAGGAAAGAUUCCAGAUAAGCUUAGUCAUGUAAUUAAAAACCAUGAGAAUUUUAUGGCAGAGUUUAAUAAAUGCAUCUAUAGGUCAUGGACAGAUGAAGAGUUUGAAAGCCAGUGGUGGAAAAUUGUUCAAACUUUUGAACUUGGGGAAGAUCAGUGGAUGAAAUCAUUGUAUGAAGAUCGCAAGAAAUGGGCCCCAACAUACAUGAAGGACACUUUCUUUGCAGGGAUGUCUGCUGGUCAACGAUCUAAGACUAUUAACUCUUCAUUUGACAAGUAUUUAACGAGGAAAACCAUGUUGAAAGAAUUUUUCCAACAAUAUAAAGUCUUUUUGCAAGAUAGAUAUGAAGAAGAAUCCAAAGCAGAAAUUGAUACAUGGCAUGGAAUACCUACUUUGAAGUCGCAUUCACCUUAUGAGAAACAAAUGUCAACAAUCUACACUCAUGAAAUCUUUAAAAUGUUUCAAGUUGAGGUAUUGGGUAUAGUUGCAUGCCAACCAAAAAAAGAGAGGCAAGAUGGGACCACCAUGAUAUUUAGGGUCCAAGAUUUUGAAGCAGAACAUGACUUCAUUGUUACUUGGGAUGAAUCAAAAUCAGAGAUAUCUUGUCUAUGUCAUUUAUUUGAAUAUAAAGGUUUUCUUUGUAGGCAUGCAAUGGUUGUUUUCCAAUUUGCAACUGUAUCAACAAUCCCCCCUCAUUAUAUACUUAAACAAUGGACAAAGGAUGCAAAAAGCAGGUAUUCUACRAGAGUGAGAACAGAAGUAGUGCAAUCUAGAGUACAACGCUAUAAUGAUUUAUGUCAACGAGCCCUUAAAUUGGGUGAAGAUGGAUCAAUAUCUCAAGAGAGUUAUAAUAUUGCAGUUUGUGCACUUGAGGAAGCUAUUAGGCAAUGCACAAUUGUGAACAGUUCUAUUAAGGGUUCUGCUGGAAAUCGCAAGAGUGUAAAGGGUCAGGGACAGUAAACUCAUUGGUGCCAACUUGGGGUGGUAACUAGGGAAUUGGCUAGAGCAUGCAGGUGUUGGUAUGACAUUCUCUAAUAUGACUGAUAUAGUUAGUAAAAUCACGUUCUUGAAUUCAUCUAGGUCAGUUCAUGUACAAUCCCUUGUCUAUUAGUACUGUAGAUAGAUGAUGUGGCUAAUACAAAGUUUUGGACUAUGUAUUGUAUAGGCCAACAUUUGAGGGGGUGUGUAUUUAAGAGUGGCACCCCAGUCCUUGUCAGUUAUAUUGCCACCACAUAUUGGGUUAUCAAGCAUUGUUCUGUUUUGAGAAUUAUAAAUUGAAAAGUUACUUGGGAGUAAGAAGGCUUCCUUUUUCUGUGCAACAAGUCAUGUAUAUUACUGAAUAAAAGGCCUAUGUAGCAAAACUUCCCUCAUUAAUCUGGCUCCGGAUCUUCUACCCACUUGACACCACCAGCAUUUCUCCCCACAUUACCCAGCUGCCACCUGUCCAUUAACACGAGAGCUCAACCCUCAUGUGUGAAAUUAAAUGUCCAUUCCAUUACUUCUUAAACUGGAAACCCAAAACCUCUCUUCUCCUAAUUUUUCCCAUUCAAACAAGAAAUCCUAACCUUUCUAGGUGUUCUGAAAUUACUUGAAGAAGCUAUUGCUUCAAAUCUGAAUCUGAGUUAUAGCAGUCAAAUUCAUGUUUCCUUUGAAAGUUCAAUUUGAGAUGCACAGGUAGUGCCUUUUUUAGGCACUGAGAUGAGUAGAAGAGUUUAAAACUUUCAGUAUGGUUUUGCAGAGCACCAGUUGUUUACUCAGCAUGGUAUUUGCUUCCAUGGCCUAUUGAUGAUAUGAUGARAAGAUUCUCUACCAAGAAUCAGAAUAAAUAAUUUGCUACUGUUAUCUUAAACUGAUGAAUAUUGAGAUCUUGCCAAUGCAUUGUUUUUUUUUAGUAAAAAUGCUUUUUAACUGCAAAAAAAAAAAGAGCACCCAUUACAAUGGACACAAAGGAACAUUAGUCUGCUUGAAGAAAUGGUAAAACUUGGCCUAAUUGGUGUUGGCUAUGGUUGGAGUAGUGCAGCUUGGCUGCAAUAGAGUAGUCAAUCAAGACUACAAUCAGUCUUGAAUUCGAAAGCAAAAAGAAAGAUUUCAGAAGAAAAGAAGAAGAAGAGAGGGAGAA